GGGCGCAGAGUUCCUUUUGUCCGGCGGACCUAUAGUUCCGGCCUCGGCGCUCCGGCGGAAAGUUUUGAGGACGGACUGUGCGGUUGAUGGGGCACGGGGUGAGGGAGGGAGGCCGGAGUCUCUAGCUUGUCUUUGAUUGCUUGUUGGGGUUGCAGGAGAAGGGGUCGGCGGCGGAGGAUUACUCGGGGUCAAAGCCCGGCCUUCCCGCCGCCACGGCGGCCUCGGGCAGUCUCUGCGGCGCCAGUUCCGGGGUGCUGGCCUCCCCUCGCUUUGCCUCGCGGGAUCAUCGCUCCUCAUUAGCAUCACGAUUUCGGCCCCCUGCCCAGGCCCCCUUCGCCACCUCUUCCCAUUAGAGACUUCCAGAUCUCAAAAUUUUGGGGCUCACUUUAAGCAUUUCUCUGUCUCUAGCUGUCUUUUUGCAUUCUGAUUGGGAACACUGGGAUCACUUUCAUCAUGCCAACAGUGGUGGUAAUGGACGUAUCCCUUUCCAUGACCCGACCUGUGUCUGUCGAGGGGUCUGAGGAAUAUCAGCGCAAGCAUCUGGCAGCCCAUGGUUUGACAAUGCUAUUUGAGCACAUGGCCACGAAUUACAAGCUCGAGUUUACUGCUCUUGUGGUUUUUUCAUCACUCUGGGAGUUGAUGGUUCCCUUCACAAGAGAUUAUAACACCCUACAGGAGGCACUAAGUAAUAUGGAUGAUUAUGAUAAAACCUGCUUGGAAUCGGCAUUAGUUGGUGUUUGCAAUAUCGUGCAGCAAGAGUGGGGUGGUGCAAUUCCUUGUCAGGUUGUCCUGGUGACAGAUGGCUGUCUUGGCAUUGGCAGAGGGUCGCUGCGGCACUCCCUAGCUACUCACAGCCAACGCAGCGAGAGCAACAGGUUCCCUCUACCUUUUCCUUUCCCAUCUAAGUUAUACAUCAUGUGCAUGGCAAAUCUGGAGGAGCUUCAAAGCACUGACUCCUUGGAUUGCCUUGAACGUCUUAUAGAUUUAAACAAUGGUGAAGGACAGAUUUUUACUAUUGAUGGUCCCCUCUGCUUGAAAAAUGUACAGUCUAUGUUUGGAAAACUGAUAGAUCUGGCAUAUACACCUUUCCAUGCUGUUCUCAAGUGUGGCCACCUAACUGCUGAUGUGCAAGUCUUCCCCAGGCCGGAAUCUUUUGUUGUAGAUGAGGAAAUCGAUCCUAUCCCUAAAGUCAUUAACACAGAUUUGGAAAUAGUGGGAUUUAUUGAUAUAGCUGAUAUUUCAAGUCCCCCAGUUCUGUCCAGACAUCUUGUCCUACCUAUAGCACUUAACAAAGAAGGUGAUGAGGUGGGUACUGGUAUAACCGAUGACAACGAAGAUGAAAAUUCAGCCAAUCAGAUUGCAGGCAAAAUACCCAACUUUUGUGUCCUGCUCCAUGGCAGCCUAAAGGUGGAAGGAAUGGUGGCAAUAGUUCAGUUAGGUCCUGAAUGGCAUGGAAUGCUCUACUCCCAAGCUGACAGCAAGAAGAAAUCAAACCUCAUGAUGUCUCUCUUUGAGCCUGGCCCAGAACCUCUCCCUUGGCUAGGGAAAAUGGCACAGUUGGGUCCCAUUUCAGAUGCUAAAGAAAACCCUUAUGGUGAGGAUGAUAAUAAGAGCCCAUUCCCCCUGCAGCCCAAAAACAAACGCAGUUAUGCCCAGAAUGUGACUGUCUGGAUCAAACCCAGUGGCCUGCAGACAGACGUACAGAAGAUUUUAAGAAAUGCAAGGAAACUACCUGAAAAAACGCAAACUUUCUAUAAGGAGCUAAAUCGUUUACGAAAGGCUGCUCUGGCCUUUGGUUUCCUGGACUUGCUCAAAGGGGUGGCUGACAUGCUGGAAAGGGAGUGCACACUGCUGCCCGACACAGCCCAUCCUGAUGCUGCGUUCCAGCUGACCCAUGCCGCCCAGCAGCUCAAGCUAGCCAGUACUGGCACCUCUGAGUAUGCCGGGUAUGACCACAACAUUACACCUUUGCAGACAGACUUCUCUGGGAGCAGCACUGAAAGAAUGUGAAGCUGACUUUGGGAGCCUUCCUUCUUUUUUUCAAGUGAAAAUGAUUUAAGGUAAAAACUUUUCUCGUCUGUUCACCUAUUGAAGUAGCUACUCAGAGACCUUCCUGAGGCUGCUUCAGAAGCACCACUUGUGGGUUGGACUCUGCUAGUCUGAGCGGGGCUCUGCAAAGGUGGGCAGUUGCUUGGGCUUUGACUUCAGCUUUUUGGAGCUCAGAGUCUUUAAGCCCGAAAGACAACUGUUGCUCCCACAGUGGCCACAUCUCCUGAGAUGCUUGAAGAACUGACCAGCACAAAACCGUCCCCACCUUCCUCAGGAAACCUAAAACCUGGGUUCUCUGCUGCCAAAAGACCUCUUCACUCCUCUCCUCUCCCAACCAUGGGACAUUUUCAAGCUUCUCUGCUUGGAAUGAACAGCCCAGACUGUCUGGGACUUGCUAAACACAAGCCCAAAAUCAGAGUUUCAGAAUUUCCUUAGAACUUGGACAAAAACUCAGUGGUAACCCUUAGUUGCUUUUGGUGUACUUGAGAUACAAAUUUUUAAACAGCAAUCUUAAAUGUAUAAAAUGAUUCUCGUAUCUUCAAAUUUUUAAUGAUAAUAAAAUGUUUGAUUUUCUAUAAAAUUAUUAUUCUGGGAAACUAAUGGGUCUGUCCUAUAACCUAAAUAUAAUUUCAACUUCCUAAGUGGCAUAGAUUCAUGAGUCUUGAAGGUUCCUUGGGUUCCACAUUGACUUCUUUGAUUCUGACACUGGCUAGGCUUCAUUGCUUAGGCCAGGUUCCAUCAAGGUGGAUUCUGACAGAUCAGUAUAGUCAGUUAUGGUUCCAAUUCAUCAGCUAGCUUCAUGACCUUGGGCAAGUCAUCUAACUUCUCCAAGCUUUAUUUACAUACUCCAUGCUUUCAAAUUGCUCUGUAAACCUCCUAAGGUAUUAUUAACCCCUCAGGUGUCAACCCAAGCAACCAUGUCUUACUCAAGAUGCUGAAUUGCUAUAUAAGCCUAUCUCAGAUACUGCAGGUUUUCUUCCAGACCACUACAGUAAAAGUGACUAUUGCAGUAAAGCAAGUCACACGAAUUUCUUGGUUUCCCAUUAAAAGUUAUGUUUACACUAUAUUGUAGUCUGUUAAGUGUGCAGUAGCUUUAUGUCUAAAAUAAAAUGUAGAUACCUUAAAGUUUAUUGCUAAAAAAUGCUAAUCAUCAUCUGACAACACAGGAUUGCCACAGAUCUUCAAUUUGUAAAAAAUGAAAAUAUAUGUGAAGUGCAUUAAAGUGAAGUAAAGUGAGGUAUGCCUAUAUAAUAUUUUGUCUAAACAAAGGAAUUUAACACAAUUUGAAAACCAUUAGACUAAAUAAUCUUUAAGCACAAGUUAGCAGGAUUUUGAUUGUAAAUAUUUAAUAGAAAUACAGUCUUUUGCUUUCUCAGACAGCAAUAACGGGGUUUAUAACAAUCACUAAGAAUACAAGAUUCUGCUAUAAAGAUAGAGCAUAAUCUGCUAUAAAGCUUAUCUGCCCAGUUACACAUAGAAAGUCAGUUGAAAGAACACCAGAAAUUAAUACAAACAAUUGACAGAAGUUGCAGACAUGCAAAACAUCCUUCAGUGUAGUGAGCUUGUAAAAAAAUCAGCCAGCUAUGCUAAUUAGAUGCUUUGAGGUCCAACCAAGUUUCCAUCCUGGGCUCAGAGAAACAGCGUAACUCACUGAGUAGUACCCUUUCCCCCAGAAACAACGGGAAUGGCAGAACAGCAGAAGCUGUCAUGCCUUAAAUUCUUAUAUGCAGACAUUACUUCUAACACUUAUUUUACCUGGUUUACUUGGAAUGUAUUAGGGGAAACCGAUGUCUCGGACAAUGGCCAAAUCAUAAUGUCUGGAUUUUUUUUCUAUUUCCUUUGUUGGUGGAUUUCCUGCAGGCCUUGUUAAAGGCCUGGCUGGUGGUUCUCCAGCUGAAGUUCUUACUCUGUUUUCACCAUCCUACUGCAGAUAGGUGAAACAGCAGAAGAAUAAAAGCAGGUGUUUCUGAGGCCUAUUCAAAAAAUAGAUAAUCCCACCAACUUACCCUGACAGGUACACAAGUAAAUGGACUCAGUCUGUGCAGGGGAAGGAGGACUGAUGUUUUUGUUUGUGUACAGCCUAAGACAGCUUUGUAGGUAUAUUUAGUCUGGCCUACUCAGAUGUUUCCAGUUUGUCACAGGCUGCAUUGCCAGUGUGACCCUUCUGAUCCCUGUAGUGCCAUUUGGGUUUGGAAUGCUUAUAUAAUCUCAUUGUUUUCUAACUAAUGAUUUAUCUUUCUUUAGUGUUGAAAAUAGUUCUAAAGUUCCUGUUGUGGUGCAGUGGAAACAACCUGACUAGUAUCCAUGAGGACGAGGGUAUGCUCCCUGGCCUCACUCAGUGGGUUAUGGAUCCAGUGUUGCCAUGAGCUGUAGUAUAGAUCACAGACACGGCUUGGAUCUGGCAUUGCUAUGGCUGUGGUGUAGCAGCAGGCUGUAGCUCCUAUUAAACCCCUAGCCUGGGAACUUCCAUAUGCUGAGGGUGUGGCUCUAAAAAGUGUGUGGGGAGAUAUAUAUACAGAGACAGAGAGUUCUGAUUUAGUUAGGAAUGAAGUAAGUGGUCAUGGUGUUCCAAGGUUGUGACUUGGUUUCUCUCACAUCACUGCGUGCCUCUGCACUGCCCGCGCAGGUUAGAUGUUGUUAGAGAGGCCAAAAGAUUCAGAGGUAACAUGUGACCUAGCCCCACUCAGACUCAGAAGUGUUUUAUCAAUGAGUCAAACUUGAUUUUCAAAAAAAUCAAUCCCAACCCACUUAACAAGUAGUCUCCUGGGUACAGAAUCUAUUAAGUCCUGCCUGAGUCACUUUCAUAGUCUCCUAUACAGCAACAUAGUCUUGCUUUUUUUUUUUUCCACACAAGCAACAGCUGAAAAGAACAGAUCCCAGCUGAGAAUGGCCAGUAGCUGGUAGGGACAGGGCACUGAAGAAAUAGCUCUGGCCUGUAAAACAGACUGACUGGACGUGAAGUGAGUGGGAGUAGGGCCGAGUCUUUUGUGUCACUAACAGAAUACACAAGAAUGACCCUGUCAUCAGGUGUCAGGAAUCCAUGUCAUGCGAGUACUACACUAAGAUAAUACAGUAAAUUCAGGAAUGUUACUGGGGGAAAAGGAAAACAGCCUCACUGAGAAUUUAAUCAUUUAAAAAAAAAAA